CUCGGCAGGAGCCUGGAGCAGGGACGACGCAACAUGUUAAAACCCCGGCGGCGCAGCGACCUCCUCCUGCCGGACGUCCCGCCGGUGUUCGGGAAGCCCUGGUUCUGGCACCGGAGCAGCGGCACCAUGGAGACCAGCCGCAGCCUGGCGCAGGUCAUCAUGGAGAUGCAGGACGAUAUCCAGAACCUGGACGGCGAUAAGCGGGGACGUCGGGAGGACUCGUUCGGAGACUUUCCGGGGCCGCCAAGAGAGAGACCGAAACCCGCGGCACUGGAGAACCCUUACGCCAACCUGAGACGCAACGCGUCAGCGCCCGCUCUGGAUGUUCAGUACCAAGAGAACACGGUAAUGACCGUCCGCCGGUACUCCAUCGCCUCCCACCUGUCCGGGGGCAGCGGAGCAGAGGGGAGUAGCACCUCCUCAAGGAAGAGCGGGUCUGGCUGGGGGAGACUGCAGGAGGAACUCCACCCGGGAUCCACCGCCACGCGGAGCAAGAAGCAGACCCUGCAGGACUUAGUCCAUAAGAGCCGGGCCAAAGUGAAGACGGUCACGUUCCUCCUGCCGCUGGACGACAUCUACACCAACAGACCGGGGCGGUCCCGACCGCUGGAGGACCCCUCAGACCCGGACCCCCGAGACCCGGACCCCCGCGACCCGGACCCCCGCGACCCGGACCCCCGAGCCACGGAGCUGGACCCCCUCACAGAGACCGACUACUGACCCGUCAGUCCCACCCGGAGGGCGCAGCGUGUUCCUCUGGGUCGCUCCGCCGGGGGCCCCGGGCUGAUUUGUUUCACACCUGACCACGCAGCCAGACUCUGGUUACCGGUGUGGUUUUCAUGAGGCCCUGGCAGCCCGGGGCCCUUCCCGCCGGUCUGGGGCCCGCGGGGGGAUCGGGUGACGGGGCCGGUCCCACUGACCUGGGUGUCCAAACGCUCCAUCACACCACCAGAGCCCAGGGGCCACACGACCAGAGACCAGGGGCCUCACGACCAGAGCCCAGGGGCCUCACGCCCAGAGCCCAGGGGCCUCAUGACCAGGGACCAAGGGGCCUCACGACCAGAGCCCAGGGGCCUCAUGACCAGAGCCCAGGGGCCCGCCUCACACGACCAGACGGCGGUAUCGCUCCAUGUGGGCGGUGUUGACUGUGUUGGCGGUCUCUCAAUGUGGGCGGUGUUGAUGGUUUCUCCAUGUGGGGCAGAGGUUGACAGUCUCUCUCCAUGUGGGCGGUGUUGAUGGUCUCUCCAUGUGGGCGGUGUUGAUGGUCUCUCCAUGUGGGCAGUGUUGAUGGUCUCUCCAUGUGGGGCAGGGGUUGACGGUCUCUCCAUGUGGGCGGUAAUGACGGCCUCUCCGUGGGGGUGGCGUUGACUGUCUCUCCAUGUGUGCGGUAUUGACUGUCUCUCUCUAUGCGGGUCUCUCCAUGCGGGUGAGGUGUUGACUGUCUCUCCCUGAGGGAGGUGUUGACUGUCUCUCCAUGUGGGCAGUGUUGACUGUCUCUCUCCCUGAGGGAGGUGUUGACUCUGUCUCCGUGUGGGCGGUGUUGACGCCCUCUUCAUGGGGGAGGUGUUGACGAUCUCUCAAUGUGGGAGGCAGUGUUGACGGUCUCUCCAUGUGGGCGGUGUUGACGGUCUCUUCAUGUGGCUGGUGUUGACGGUCUCUUCAUGUGGCCGGUGUUGACUGUCUCUCUCCAUGCAGGAGGCAGUGUUGACUGUCUCUCCAUGUGGGGGAGGUGUUGACUGUCUCUCUCCAUGUGGGCGGUGUUGACUGUCUCUCCAUGUGGGGAAGGUGUUGACUGUCUCUCUCCAUGUGGGCGGUGUUGACUGUCUCUCCAUGUGGGGGAGGUGUUGACUGUCUCUCUCCAUGUGGGCGGUGUUGACGGCCUCUCCAUGUGGGUGGUGUUGACUGUCUCUCUCCAUGUGGGAGGCA